AAGCAUUAACUUUAUCCCCAAAAAAAGGGGUUUCCAAGUUCAACCCUCUUCAUUUCCGGGUUCCGCAUCGGAUCGAGCUAUCACAGUCGUGAUCAUCCGUACUUACCCGAAUCGAAGAUCCGAAUUAAUCUCGAUCGUGAAUUAGGAAAUCAAUUGUGUCAUCUGUGAAAUUGGCGGUGUUUUGAAAAUAAACGUCGACUAUGGGGGCUUUCUUAUCGAGGUUCUGGUUCAUGCUAUUUCCGGCCAAGGAGUACAAGAUCGUGGUGGUCGGACUGGACAACGCCGGAAAAACGACGACGCUUUACAAGUUGCACUUGGGAGAGGUGGUCACUACUCAUCCUACUGUUGGCAGUAAUGUUGAGGAGCUCGUUUACAAGAACAUUCGUUUUGAGGUCUGGGAUCUUGGUGGACAGGAUAGGCUUAGGACUUCAUGGGCAACAUACUACCGCGGAACUCAUGCUGUUAUUGUAGUUAUAGACAGCACUGACAGAGCCCGGAUCUCGACUAUGAAGGACGAACUGUUCAAGCUGCUCCCUCAUGAUGAUUUGCAAACUGCUGUUGUGCUCAUAUACGCGAACAAACAGGAUCUUAAAGAUGCCAUGACUCCUGCGGAGAUCACUGAUGCCCUCUCCCUUCACAGCAUUAAGAACCACGAUUGGCAUAUCCAGGCCUGCUCUGCCCUCACCGGCGAUGGUCUGUAUGAUGGUUUGGGAUGGAUUGCACAGCGAGUCACCGGGAAAGCUACAAGCUAGAAGAAGAAGUGUUCACUGCGAAAUGUUUCUGGUGUUUCAUGGUUGGUUUAAAGGCUUGAUGUAAAAUGCCAUUUGUGUAAUGAUACAAGCACUGAGAUUGAAUGUAUUCCUACACUCUUUUACUUUUGCAUCUUUUAUUUCACCACAAUCUGAUUGUGUAAAGCUGUGAUGACAACAAGGUUACUAAUGGAAGCACACUUUACAUUUGACUUGGUU